AACACGACCCUUGUACACACGCAUCGAAGAGACCGAGACCAAGUCUCUCUCUCCACUCUCUCUCCCUCCUCUUCUUUUUCCAAACCCUAGAAAUUCUCCAAUUUCAUGUUGUAAUCUUCACAAAGCCCCUGAAUUCCUUGCUAUUCAGCUCUGAUUUGACUGUGGUAGGUGGAAUUGGAGUGAUCAUGACUUCUUUGAGCAGAGAAUUGGUGUUUCUCAUACUCCAGUUUCUGGAUGAGGAGAACUUCAAAGAGUCUGUGCACAAGCUUGAGCAAGAAUCUGCGUUUUUUUUCAACAUGAAGUACUUUGAGGAAAAAGUGCAGGCUGGCGAAUGGGAAGAAGUUGAGAAGUACUUAUCAGGGUUUACCAAAGUUGACGAUAAUAGAUACUCAAUGAAAAUAUUCUUUGAAAUCAGGAAGCAGAAAUAUCUGGAAGCACUUGAUCGGCAAGACAAGCCAAAGGCUGUAGAGAUAUUAGUCGGCGAUUUAAAAGUGUUCUCAACCUUCAAUGAGGAGCUAUACAAAGAAAUCACCCAGCUAUUAACUCUUACUAAUUUCAGGGAGAAUGAGCAGUUGUCUAAGUACAGUGACACCAAAACUGCUCGAAGCAUUAUGUUGAUAGAGCUAAAAAAACUCAUAGAGGCAAAUCCUCUUUUCCGUGAUAAGCUUGUCUUUCCUACCCUUAAGUCAUCAAGACUGCGAACUUUAAUUAAUCAAAGUCUGAACUGGCAGCAUCAGCUUUGUAAAAACCCAAAUCCAAAUCCAGAUAUAAAGACUUUAUUCACAGAUCACGCAUGCGCACCUACUAAUGGUCCUCUGGCGCCUAGCCCUGUCAAUCUUCCAAUUGCUGCAGUUGCGAAGCCUGCUGCUUAUACUUCAGUUGGAGCUCAUGGUCCCUUUCCACCUGCUGCUGCAACUUCUAAUGCUAAUGCUUUAGCUGGUUGGAUGGCCAAUGCCUCAGCUUCAUCAUCUGUUCAAGCAGCUGUUGUCACAGCACCAACUAUACCAAUCCCUCAGAAUCAAGUGACUAUCUUGAAACGCCCUAAAACACCUCCGGCAACUCCUGGGAUGGUUGAUUAUUGUCCGGGUCAUUCUGUAGAGGAGGUUUCCUAUCCCUUGGCUCGACAAGCUUGUUCGUCACUAGACGAUCUACCAAGAACGGUGGCUAUGACUUUGCAUCAAGGAUCGUCUGUGACAAGCAUGGAUUUUCAUCCUUCUCGCCAUACCUUACUUCUUGUUGGUUCCAAUAAUGGGGAAGUUACCCUCUGGGAACUCAGUUUGCGGGAAAGGUUGGUCUCAAAGCCAUUCAAGAUAUGGGAUGCAUCGGCAUGCUCAUUACCAGUUCAGGCUGCUGUGGUUAAGGAUGAUCCUGUUUCUGUUAGCCGUGUCACAUGGAGUCCUGAUGGAAGUUUUGUAGGUGUUGCUUUUACUAAACAUUUGAUUCAUUUGUAUGCUUACACUGGAUCAAAUGAGCUAGCCCAGCACAAAGAGAUUGAAGCCCAUGUUGGUGCUGUAAAUGAUUUAGCGUUUGCUCAUCCAAAUAAACAGCCCUGUAUUGUGACUUGUGGGGAUGAUAAGUUGAUAAAGGUUUGGGAUUCAAAUGGACGAACACUAUUUACCUUUGAGGGGCACGAGGCACCUGUAUAUUCCAUUUUUCCCCAUCACAAAGGAAACAUUCAGUUCAUAUUUUCAACUGCCAUUGAUGGGAAAAUAAAGGCCUGGCUAUACGAUAACGUAGGUUCUAGGGUUGACUUUGAUACCCCUGGUCACUGUUGUACUACAAUGCUUUACAGCGCUGAUGGAAGUAGAUUGUUUUCAUGUGGGACAAGUAAAGAUGGAGAGUCUUUUCUUGUUGAAUGGAAUGAAAGUGAAGGUUCCAUUAAGAGAACAUACAAUGGAUUCAGAAAGAAAUCCGCUGGUGUUGUGCAGUUUGACACAACGCAAAAUCGCUUUUUGGCAGCAGGUGAAGAUGGCCAAGUGAAAUUUUGGGACAUGGACAAUAUUAAUCUUCUAACAAGCACUGAUGCAAAUGGUGGAUUACAGGUCCUUCCAUACUUGAGAUUUAAUAAGGAAGGAAAUAUUCUUGCUGUGACUAUAGACAAUGGAUUCAAGAUACUUGCUAAUGCUACUGGUCUUAGAUCCUUAAGAGUAAUUGAAACUCCAGCAUUUGAAGCAUUGAGGUCCCCUGUGGAAUCUGCUGCAAUCAAGAAUGGAGCUGAUCCCAUUGGUCAAAGUGUAGAGAGACCAAGAAUUGUGGAAGAUGUAACAGGUAGAACUGUACCAUUGCAACUGUCUGAAAUUCUGGACCCUGUUGAAUGUCGGUCAGUUACCUUGCCUGAAAGCACAGAUUCUUUCAACAAGGUUGUUCGACUUUUAUAUACGAAUUCCGGUGCUGGUAUUUUGGCCCUCGGUUCAAAUGGUAUACAGAAACUUUGGAAAUGGCCUUUCAAUAAUCAGAAUCCUUCUGGAAAGGCUACAGCCAGUGUUGUUCCACGACAUUGGCAACCACCCAGUGGUCUUCUGAUGACUAAUCAAAUCUUGGGUGUCAACCUUGAAGAAGCAGUCCCUUGCAUUGCACUCUCAAAAAAUGACUCAUAUGUGAUGUCCGCCUGUGGUGGAAAGCUUUCACUAUUUAACAUAAUGACAUUCAAGGUAAUGGCGACAUUUUUGCAACCAUCUCCUGCCUCUACCUUUCUAGCUUUCCAUCCCCAGGAUAACAACAUUAUAGCCAUUGGGAUGGAUGAUUCAACCAUUCACAUCUAUAAUGUCAGAGUGGCUGAGGUGAAAUCAAAAUUGAAGGGUCACCAGAAGCGAAUUACUGGUUUAGCCUUUUCAACCAAUCUUCACAUCCUGGUUUCAUCUGGUGCUGAUGCUCAACUUUGUGUGUGGAGCAUUGAUACAUGGAAGAAAAGAAAAUCAAUUCCAUUACAACUACCUGCGGGAAAGUCACCUGUUGGUGAUACAGGGGUUCUGUUCCAUUCAGAUCAACUUCGCUUAUUGGUAGUCCAUGAGACUCAGUUGGCUAUAUAUGAGGCCUCUAAGAUGGAUCGCAUUCGACAGUGGGUUCCCCAAGAUGUUCUGUCUGCCCCCAUAUCAUGUGCAGCUUAUUCCUGUGACAGUCAGUUAAUAUAUGCUACAUUUUGCGAUGCAAACAUUGGAGUUUUCGAUGCUGAUAGUUUGAGACUACGAUGUCGUAUCGCACCUUCAGUAUGCUUGUCAUCUGCCGCUUUGAGUGGAAGCCAUGCUGUGUAUCCUCUUGUGGUUGCAGCUAAUCCACUAGAACCUAACCAGUUUGCAGUUGGUUUAACUGAUGGGUCUGUCAAAGUGAUAGAACCCACUGAAUCAGAAGGUAAGUGGGGAUCUUUUCCACCUAUGGACAACGGAAAAUUGAAUGGUAGGACAGCUUCUUCAUCUACAACAAGCAACCACACUGCUGACCAGGCUCAAUGAUAAGAUUCAUUGUAUUAUACUAGCCUAGUUCCUGCCAUUUGUAAAUUUAUCAUCCUAGUUGUCUAGAGUUUGAUUCACCAGUUUGUCUCUAGUCAAUAUUAGGUCAGCUUGGACAUAAAAUGGUAAAUGUUUAAAUGGUAGAAAGUGUUUGUAUUACAGUUUUCAAAAAAGUGAAGUCGUUUUCAUUUAAGUAACAUACAAGCCCCAUUCACAUUUCUCCUCAUAGAA